UCUACGAGCGUGUGUCCUAUUCUCACACCCAGGCAAUAUCCCUUUGAUACAUUCCGUAUUAACACCACCUAGACGAAUUACACACAAACUUUUGUGUUGUAAUUAUAGUCUUGUAAAGUAAUGAUUGCCAUGUAACUUGCAAUUACAAUCUCAACGACAUUUUAGGUUAUGUUGCACUUUACAACAAAAAGCAUGUAUCCAGACCUGUGCACUAAUGUUUUUCUCCUUUUCGUUUUACAUAGCCCAGGAGUGUAUCAAUUAAAUCAAUUUCUCAAUUCUCAUGUCUUUUCUUCAAAAGAUAUAAAAGACAGCUUUAUUUUCAUUUAAAACAACUAGAAACUCAAAAAUUUUCCUUGUACAGUCCCACGUACGCCACAUUACUUUUUCGGAGUAAUAUUCAGUGAAGAAAAAUUACGUCCUAUUUUAUAUGGGGUUCCACCGGGGACUGCCGAAAAGAACCGAAGUUAUCCGAGUUCAAAUUCAAGAAAACCGUUGUUUGCCACUGACCAUCGUUGCCAUCCGCAUAUCCGUCAAACAUCUUCCCAAAGCACGAAAGAGUUUAAGAAGAAGACUGCAGGAUCGUUUUGAAGAUGACUAUUCAACUGGGAAUAGUUCGUUUGGAAAGGAAACGAAGGGACCUGAAAAAAAAGAUUGUUCUGGUAAUUCUGGAUCGGGAAGAAGCUGGCACAACUUGAGUUUUGGAAAUGUCAGAACUGAUUCCAGGAAAGCUUUGCAGAACGGAGCUGAAAGGAUUUCGAAAACUAUUUCUAACGUUAAGGUUACUUUUGGCAAUAUCUCGCAGAGAUUCAAAAUAUCUACACGCAGGCGUCAUAGAUUAGAAGAACAGUUUACUCCAGAUGGGAGUGCUGCAAAAUCUGCAACCCCCCAGACUCGAUCCCGUCACUUACUGGGACGAACACCCACAAAGUUGUACAGUCCUUUUGGCAUUGAAUCUCCAAGGCGUGCUUGGGGGGCUUGGGGUAAAGAAAACUUCCCAUCAGAUUCUAAAAGCUCUGAAAAAUCUUUUAAGGACACUAAGCAAAAAAGAUUCUUUAGUCUCCCCAAACUAACUGGUUUUCGCAAUUUAAGAUAAACUUCAAUUUUCUCUCGAAAGCAAUACUCAACGGAAAAUACGUACAAAAUUGAGGAGUAAUUAUACGUACUAAUUAUUACUUCAAACUGAGUAGCUAUAUUGUAACAGUUUAUUAAAUAUGUAAUUUAUUUAAUUAUUUCCUUACAUUAGGUUACUUUGUUCAGUUUCAUUUUUAUCUAAAAGCUACAUAAGUGGAUAGGACAUGUCUAAUAAUAAAAUCUAUAAUAUACUCCUUUAAUUACCUUCAGAGAAAUAUAUUUGUUGUCUUUUAGAAUCAUUGGGUAGACAUUUUAUAACGAUCCAAAGAUAAACUAUUUACUGAAAAUUUGUCGGCAUUUUAUGAAAUCCACAAAUACUUUUGACCAAUAGUUUAAGGAGCAAAUGCAAUAAAUUAAACCACGAAAUCUUGCAGCGAUUGACUUUUUUCGAUUGAAUUGCAAACUGUUUGAUAAAUUUGCUCAAAAUCUUGUUCUUUGCAUCUUAAACUAUCAAAUUUACUUAUUUGACCAUGCAUUUCAUAAAACUCACAAAUAAAAUAGCUUACUAUGACAUGUCUAUUAAAAAAAAAACAGAUUUCGAGUUUUUGUAUUUUAUAAUUAUAGAUAUAAAAAAGAUCAACGAUAUCAAAUUCGCAGGUCGAAAAACUAUUUUUAUCUUACAAAAUGCUUGCCAAGCUUACUGUUGUGACAGUACUUGCCAAUCAAAGUACAAUGACGUUUGAACUGUUCGUCGAGUAAUAGAUUUUUAAUAAUAAGAAUAGUGUGAUUAGAAAGGUAUACGAUACAUAAUAAAAUAUUAAAUGUACUUUCAAGAAAAUCAAAAUACAGGUACUUAAACAUUUGAUUCUAGAAAAUGAUGUUUACUUGUCGUAAAGUGCACCUUAGUUAUACUAAUUUAGUAAAUCACAAAUAAUGAAGUCUGACUUUAGCGAUAAAUAGAUUAAGAUAAAAUUUCAAUAUCUGAUAAGUGAACUUAGAUAUAUACGUUUCAUACUAAAAUACCAGGUAUUAUGUACUAUCCAAAAAAGUUUUAACUCGUACAAAAGUUAUAAAAUUAGAGGCAAUUAGUCAGUAUUAAAAUUUUUUAUUUGCAAUUUCUAAUUCAUUGUGUUAAAGUUGAUAAUUACAAUUUGAUACAACAAAAAGUAGAGAACAAAUUUUUAUCAGCGGAUUGAAGAGGUUGAAAUUCCGCCGAGUUUACUUGAUUGAAAGCAGUUACUUGUAACUGAUGAAUUUUAUACUUUUAUCAAACUUAUUUUUAUAUUCAUCUAUACUACAAUUAUUUUUCUUGGUUCAAAUCCUGAUGAUUGAAUUUUAUUGUAUAUCAUUUAGAAGAUUAAUUAAAAUAAUUACUUAAAAAAAAUUCAGUGAACAGGAUUUUUUACAAGGAAAUGAAUAUAUUUAUAUUGCUUUUAGUGUUUUUCGAAAUUCACACCAUAUUUAUAAUCUACGGAUAACUAAUUUACAUAUAAGCUUGUUUACGGCGAAAGUGUAACUUUUUAUAUUCAAAUAAAAUAAAAAUAUUUU